AUGGGGUUCCUCGGGGUAUACAAAGCGGUCUACGACUACCAGCCUCAAGGCGAAGGUGAACUCGAACUUCGCGAGGGUGAUUUGCUCUACAUUCUCGAGAAAAGCGUCGAAGACGAUUGGUGGAAAGCAAAGAAGAAGGCCGAACGGGAUGACGAGGAUGAACCGGAGGGUCUUGUACCGAAUAACUAUGUCGAGGAGGCUCCCGCGAUCAGCCAUGCAAAGGCACUGUACGACUAUACGCGCCAGACCGACGAAGAAGUCUCGUUCUCUGAGGACGCGGAACUGGUAGUGUACGAUACUUCCGAUCCAGAUUGGACGUUAGUUGGUGUCAAUGGGGAUUUCGGCUUCGCCCCUGCAAACUACAUCGAGAUUCAGGAGGGCGAUACUCCCGCUGCCCCGCCUUCUCUCCCGUCUCCUUCUCCUGCUCCUGUCGAGCCGUCGGCUCCGGCCCUUCCGCAACGGCCAGUCGAGGUACCGGCGGAGGUACCGGCGGAGGAACCGGUCGCGCCCGCAUCUACUAGCUCUCCGAUUGACACGAUACAGAACCCAGCGGCGGCAGCAAUAGCGAAUAUCAUUCAUAAACAGCAUGCUUCACCCGUGGAAUCCGAACCCUCCAGGGAUAUCCCGCCGCCGCAGCCCCAGCGACCGUCUUAUCAACCAGAAGAUAGCUAUCAGAGGGAACCCUCGCCGCCGCCUCCAGUGUUACCGCAGCGACCUCCGUCGCAACCGCUCUCUCCUCCAGUGGACCGGUACUCUCCGCCAGAGCCCUCUCCUCCUCCGCGCCCCCAGUAUGUCGCGGUGAGGGAGCAGGAUAGCCAGGGCCAUGUGCGGGAGUCUCCCCCAUAUAAUCGAAUCGGACAGUCGACACCUCGUUCCCCUUCCGGCUACCAUCUGUACAAUAUCAAUGAAAUGGUUGAAGUUAUGGGCAAGAGGAAGAAGAUGCCAACGACAUUGGGAAUCAACAUCGCGACUGGAACGAUCUUCAUCUCACCAGAAGGGGACGGCGACAUGCAAGAAUGGACUGCGGAUAGACUCACCCAUUACUCGAUUGAAGGCAAGCAUGUCUUCCUCGACCUGGUUCGGCCCAGCAAAAGCAUUGAUUUUCAUGCUGGGGCUAAGGACACCGCUCGAGAGAUUGUUUCCGCGCUCGGUGAGAUCUCUGGAGCCUACCGUGCCGAGGGCCUGAAGGAAGUGAUUGCGGCAGGUUCAGGAGGCGGUGGCAAGAAGAAGGGUCAAAUUUUGUAUGAUUUCAUGGCGCAAGGAGAUGACGAGGUCACUGUGGCUGCCGGCGAUGAGGUCGUCGUUCUGGACGACACCAAAUCUGAGGAAUGGUGGAUGGUGCGACGCAUGAAGAAUGGCAAAGAGGGUGUGGUACCAAGCAGCUACAUCGAGAUCACGGGCUUUGUUUCCAGUCAACCCACGGGCGUCGAAUCGGGCCUGUCAACGGUAGAAAGGAACCGGCUCGAAGAGACCCGCCUGGCCAAGGAAGCUAUGCGGAAAUCGAGGACUGACUCGAUAGAUUCGCGAACCUCUGAGCACAAAAAACGCGACAGCAAGAGCGCCACCAAACCGAAACCGGAUCCUGCCAAGACAAGGCAGUGGACAGAUCGUACCAAGUCUUUCACGGUUGAAGCGCAAUUCAUCGGCUUACAAGAUGGAAAGAUCCACCUCCAUAAGACCAACGGAGUCAAGAUUGCUGUCCCAAUCCCCAAGAUGUCUAUUGAGGAUCUUGAAUACGUGGAAAAACUUACGGGCGUGUCUUUGGACGAAGACAAGCCUCUGUCCGAUAUUCGCCGCCGAGCUCAGAAAUCCGAGCCAAAAUCCGAGGGCAGUCGUCCCGGUGCGUCAGUUGGGCCCGAGUAUGAUUGGUUUGAUUUCUUCCUAAAAGCGGGAGUUGGACCUCAUCAAUGCGAGCGGUAUGCUCAGAACUUUAUCAAGGACUCCAUGGAUGAAGCGAUUCUACCGGACAUUACCUCUGAGACCCUGCGUACCCUUGGAUUGAAGGAGGGUGAUAUCCUUCGGGUUAUGCGGCAUCUGGACAAUAUGUUCGGCAGAACUGGGUCCAAGUCCAAGCUGCGCAAUGUCAGCUUCGGUGGAGAAGAGGUCAUCAGCAAUGGGGAGGCUGGCUCUCCCGUCGGUCUUUUCUCCGGCCCAGGAGGUGUUCUACGCAACAACACCCGUAAGGGCAGGCCGGCACCCGCAGUCCAGACCGGUGAUGUGGUCGAUCCGAAGGCCUUCGAGCAGAAGGAGGAUGCACCCAACCCCCAGGAACGCACGGAAACUCCACCCGCUCCUGCUGCAGUUGAGAAACCGGUACAACGCGGCUUCGAUGACGAUGCUUGGGAGGUGAAGCAACCUAAACAGGCGGCAUCUUCGGCGCCACCUCCUUCAUCCCCACCUCCGGCCACAGCACCGCCCGCUACAACCCAAGCUCCAGUGCAAAAGCAACUUACUGGGGCAAUGGCUGACCUAUCUCUACUGCAAGCACCUCUCCAGCCAACUCCUGCACAGCCGGCGCCCACACCUACUUCUCAGACCUCUCAAGCUCCGUCAGCCCCCGCUACUAUCCAGCCACAGCCGACUGCAGUGCCUAUGCCCCAGAUGCAGCCGCAACAGACAGGUGCCACUCCUGGCUUUUUCAACCAAGUGGCACAAAUAGCACAGCAGCCCAUGCAGACGGGGCCCCAGACAUUCAGCCCCCAACAGACAGGCUUUCAGCAGGCAUCGAGGCAGCGCCCACAACCCCCUCAGAAUAUGGCUCAGAGCUCGCUCCUCCCGCCUCCUCCACAGAGGCCGCUUUCCGCGCCACAGAACUUCCCCCAGCAGCCAAAUACUUUUGGUCCACCUCCACUGCAACCACAACUGACCGGUCUUCCUCAACCCGGCCCACAGAUCGCCCCGCCUGGCCAGAGUCUGACCGAAUUGACCCAGCACCGCUUCAAUCCAUCGCUCCCACCGCAGCCGACUGGUUUCAUGCCGCAAGGUCAGUUUGCAAGUGGCUUGGUGCCACAAGCCACAGGGUUCCAGCCACAGUCACAAUUUGGCAUUCAGCAGCUACAGCAACAGCAGACUGGCUUCCAGGGCCUUGCACCGCAGCCGACAGGCUUCGGAGGCUUUCAACCCCAGCCACAGCGACCAAUGCCGACAGGCAUUAACUCGAUACUUCCUCCGGCUCUGCAACCCCAGCCGACCGGUAUGAACGGUGCGAGCAGUAUGCCUUAUACUGUAACCUCCCCGCCACCGGUACCCCCUAUUCCCCAACAGCCCACAGCCGCACCUUUGCAGCCACAGAAGACUGGACCACCUCCUCCCGUACGAUUUGGGGUCAAACAUGAUGCUCCCAAGAAGCUGACCCCCCAGCCAACAGGUCUGCGGGCUAACCUUGCACAAGCUACGCCCACAAAUCCAUUCGGCUUCUGA